GUUCAUGUCAUGCUGACAAGGUGGCAUCAAGGAAGGCGGUGACAUGAAUGUACCUUGCUUGCCCCGGAUUCGAGAUUCUGGCUGCCUCAGGCGUCAAUCUACCCCUCUGCUCCACAACUUCACCUCCUGCGGAAGAGGAAUGUCUGUCCAAUAGGACUCACCAACACCGCCCAUUCUAAGACCCGGUCACAGCUGGAGUAUCAUGUAAAGCCCUGUCAGCACCAGGUCCAAUACUUCGAUUCCCAAUGGCAACAACAUCCCCCCAAGAAGCACCCCGCUUCCUCCUUCUCCUCCCCCCAGCGCCCUCCCCACUAACCACCUCAUCCCUCUCCACCGCCUACGCAGAAACCAUCACCCAAGUCCUACAAGAAGUCGCCUCACACGCCUCAGAAUCACCCAAGGCCGCCGUCCUCGAAGUCGCCCUCGCGUGUCCCCAUCUGGUGUCCAAGACGAAGCAGCCGCCCCCCCGGUCAUCCCUCUACGCCGCUACGCAGAAGCUCAUCGCGGGCGUGUAUGGUUUGGUUUGCUCCGUUGCUGCUAAGGAGGGGAUCAAUGUUGAGGAUGCUGAUGGAGUCGAUGUGAGGGUUUUGCUGGUAGCGUGGAGUGGUGCUGAUCAUGAUGAUCAAGUUGAUGCGGGGCGGUCUCCGUAUGGCGCUGUGACGACUCUGCGGUCGCUGGCGAGGUCGGGCAGGGCGUGGAGAUUUGCUUUUGGCGUGGAGACUGCGGAGGGCGAGGCGAUGGUGCGAGCUUUUCUCGCCGCCAAAGGCAGCGAUGGGGACGAGGUUGUGCGCGUGCCUAGUGGCGGAUCAGGUGUCGGGCGGGAACAGUCAACCUCGAACUCCACAUCACUCCAACCCAGCAACUCCUCCGGCGCAAACACCCACCACCACGUAGCAGUAGGCGGCACCUUCGACCACAUCCACAUCGGCCACAAACUCCUCCUAACCAUGACCGUCUUCGCCGUCGACGACUCCCCCCCGCAACAACCCGACCACCGCAGCGCCACAAUAGGCAUAACAGGCGACGCCCUCCUCGUCAACAAAAAACACCGCGAAGUCCUCGAACCAUGGGAAGACAGGUACAAAGCCGUCAUGACCUUCGUCAACGCCCUGCUCGACUUCUCCCCCCCGGGCUCCGCCGGCCAACGCCACGUCUCCAUCCGCGACGACCCGGGCCCGAACGGCAGGUCGAUGGACGUGUCGUAUCCUUCCGGCCUCGUGGUCAAGUGCACGGAGAUUCAGGAUGCGUUUGGGCCGACGAUUACGGAGGAGGGGAUUUCGGCUCUCGUUAUUUCGGCGGAGACGAGGGCGGGGGGGAAAGCGGUUAAUGAUAAGCGGAGGGAGAAGGGGUGGGCGGCGUUGGAGGUGUUUGAAGUCGAUGUGUUGGAUGCUGGGGAGGAGGCGGGGGCGGGCGCUGUGGAGGGGUUUGAGAGCAAGUUAUCGAGUACGGCGAUCAGGGAGAAGUUGGUGAAGAAGAGUCGGCAGAGUAGUCUUUGAGAGGCAUAUGUCUACUCAUCUCAUCAUUCUUGCCUAAGCACCCCAACGCCGCGCUCACUACCGGUGAGUGGUAGAUGUAA